AUGACUUCGUCCCAAGUUGGCCCGGACGGCCAACCGGACGACCGUCCUGCGCCGACCGUCGCGACCACGAACCCGCAACACCACGCCAAGCCGCCGCCAGCCUCUGCGCCGCCAGCGCCGCAACCGCAACCACAACCGUCACCACCACCGCCCGACCAGCUGCCAGAUGCCGCACUCCCGCCCGACCAGCUGAAGCCCGAGCCAAGCUCGGACCCCAAUCCCGAACCGAAUCUCGAACCCAAUCCCGCCCCCGACGGGCCCAUGCAGUCUUCGAUUCAGCCCUCCUUCGAAGUCAAACAGGAGCCGCAAACGCCCACAAGGCGACCCUCGUCUCAGCCGCCACCGCCACAGCCCGGCCUGCAGUCCGCAGCCCCGAUCGGCGAUUCUUUGAUCAAGCACGACCCCCUGGCUCAUGGCAUCGUGGACCACGCCCUCGCCAACGGAAACGCCGCCCUGGAUGUCUUUGGUGCCCAUCCAAUGGAUCCCCAGCAGUUUAGCCUGAUGAUGGCCCUGGCGAGCCUUUCGGCCACCACGCGCCUGAACAGCCGCCAGGUCGGCCCUCCUCCGACCGUCGCCCCGGGCGAUGUCUCGUUGCCGACGCCCAUGAACGAGCUCCACGAGCUCCGGGACCCGUUGACCACACCCAAUGGGAACCAGCACGCCCGUACACCCGCCGCCGUCCCGCCCAGCCAAGGCCUGGAAUCUUUUGCGCGAAUAGAGUUUGCCGACAGUGUCUUCCAGAUGACCACGUACGCCGUCAUCAUCGGGCGCGACCAGCGCGCCUUGGAGCAGGCGCGACGCGACGAGCGUCGCGCCGACGAGUACCAAAGACGAGCCGACGAGUGCGCUGCUCAGGGACUGCCGCCCCCGCCCGUGCCGACCUACGACAAGGGAAAAUUCAGCAAGUCCUACGUCAGUGAGGAGGGUGGCAUGUUGGGACCCGAGUCGGACGGCGACGACAACCCGAGGGCGGCCAAGCGUCGCAAGACGAGCACAGGGUCGGGCUCACAGCAGCCGAGGGAGCACAAUCAGCAACAGAACCAGCAACAGCGCCAGCAGAGCAUUGCAGUUGAGCAGGCUACCGGCCAUGAUUCGAUAGGUGCGGGGGCUAGCAGUCAGGACCUAAUAUCUAACAGGCAAUAUGUGUCGCACACGCCAGGCGCCGCCGUUGUCGACUUGGAGCUCCUGAAGCCGUCUCCCGAUCACGUCCCAUUCAUUGGAAUCCACUCCCCGGGGCCCGGUAUUGCGGCAAAGACAAAGGCCAUCUCCAGGGAGCACCUCAAGAUCGAGUACCACCAAGCAAAGGGAGUGUUUGAGGCCAUCCCGCUCCACACCAAUGGCUUCUUCCACGAAGACGUGCACCACAAGCAGGAGAGUGUGGUCUUGAAGAGCGGCGACAGGUUGCAGAUCAAGGACGUUGACUUUGUUUUCAUCAUCAACGGUGUGCCCCAUGGCCAGACAGGUGCCGAGGAGCUGGAAGACGAAGACGCCCCGAAACGGCGUCAUUCUGAGGGAGGCAAGGAGAUGAGCUUCGAAUUUGAAAGCUCUCAUGGCGACAACAUUCGCGACUCGAGCGACGAGGAGGACAAGGUCGAAGUCGAGGAGCUUGCAGCCACAAAGGUGCUGGAGAGCGACGGUGAAGAUUCCGAUGGGGACGAGGACGCUAAUCAAGCCGCAGAGGAAGAGGAAGACGCGCCCGAUGACGGCGACGUCAUGGAAACCGUCGAGACGGACGAGACAGGUGCUCAGGUUGUAUCUCAACCAGGUCCUGUGCUCGACCCGUCGAUGCCGCAGAAGAAGCGCGGGCCAGGGCGGCCGCCCAAAAACGGCAUCCGCUCCAAGAGAGAAGAAAGGCUCCUGCGCAAAAUUGCUUUGGAGGAGGCUAAGCGUAAUGCGCCGCCACCCGUUCCAGGGGAGCCUCCGAUCAAGAGAAAGGUCGGCAGGCCGCGAAAGCAUCCGUUGCCAGAGGGUGCCGAGGACAGACCAGAGAAGCGAAAGUACAAGCCGAGGAAACCCAAGGAGGAAGGCGAAGGCGGCGAGGAUGGGGAGAAGUUGGUCAAGGAGAAGCGGCGCGAGAAACCGAAGACGCCUCCCCUGGAACUCAAGAAGGAAGACUUCACCGAGGACCAACUACAGAAGCCCAACAAGAAUUACGGCGUGCUGAUAGACGAGGUGCUCUCAGAAGCGCCCCCGGACGGACUGACGCUGAAGCAGAUCUACAAGCGGAUUCAGAAGAAGUACCCCUACUACUUUUUUGUCGUGGACACCAAGGGCUGGGAGAGCAGUGUUCGCCACAACCUCAUCGGGAACGACGCGUUCAAGAAGAACGAGGAGACGCACCUGUGGUGCCGCGUGCCCGGCAUCGAGCUCGACGCCGGGAAGAAGCGCAAGGCAGCCUCGCCCGAUCACCCAGCAACGCAGAUGCACGCCACCCAGUGGACCCAACAGAUGGCUCACCCGCAGUACCAGCCCGCCCAGGGAUAUCACCCGGGGCAAGGACCCCCACCAGGCUACUCGCCCACCCACGGCCUGCCGCAGGUCGGCGCCGUCAUGCAGGGCCAGCAGAGGCAGCCUGUACGGCACCCUCCCGGGGUCGCUGCUGGCCAACCCGCCGCACAACGGCCGGCUUACCAACCUCCACACGGACAGGCGGGUCCUCCCGGAGCCCAGGCCCCAACCCCAACGCCUACGCAGUUGCCUGGGUACAUGCAGGCUGGCGGUCAACGACACAUGCAGAUGGGUGGGCCAACGGGCUCGUACAAUGCAUCAUAUCCUGCCAAGCCGCCUGCCUCCCUCCCAACAGCGGCGAGUCCGGGCGGAGUACACAAUGCCGCGCCCAACGCAGUGCACGUCUCUCCCAUAGGUCACCCGAGACCGGCUGCAGGUUAUGGCCAGGCAGGUCACCCAGGAAUACCGCAGGCCGGUGUUCCGGGCGCGGGGCCACACGCCCCCGCGCCGCACUCGGGAGCAGUCAACGGAGGGGCCAGUCACGCACACCAGCGGCAACACAUGGCUCAGCAGCCGCCUCCCGCUCCUCCGCUCAAGCCGGCAAUCGACGCGGAUGUGGCCAACUUCCUGAAGAACUUCAGGGUCCAAGUGAUAUCACAGCUCGAGAAGCGGCUGCCCAAAGCGGCCGAGCUGGUGGCCAUGUCGGUGAUCAACCGGGGGCUCGGUCUCUCAACAUCAAGCCUCGCCGGGGCCGAGCACGCUGGAUUUGAGAAGAUCAUUCUUGGAGUGUUUGACACGGCCAAGCAGAAAUUCCCGCGCCUCGCAGAUCCAGGAUUGAUAUCGGCACUGACGGGAUUCAAGACGCACUGGGUGGACACGCUAAAGUCGAAGCUGGGCGAGGCCCGCUCCGAGGCCCUGCUACUGUCGGCCAUCGACCGGGUUCUAGGCCUGUGCGACGGCAGCAUCAUGCAGCCGGCCGGCGAGGUAGAGCGCAAGGAGUACGAGGAGGCCGAGAACCUAUUCAUGCCGCUUAUCCGGGACAAGGUGCUUGAGUUCCAGAGAUCGGCCGCUGUUGUGAACGGCGGCGGCGGCGUCGGCACUGGUGUCAGCAAUGCACCAACGCCUGCCGGUCCCUCUGCAGCCCCUACUCCUGCUCCUGCUAUAGCCACUGCGGGCAGGUAG